CCGUCCUCGUACAUUGAGUCGUUCCGGAGACAAAACAGGGAGAAGGUAGAUUCUGUUUAUUUUUAAAAUACAUCGCUAUCGUGUUGGUGUGUACGUGUAGAAAAUUUCUAAGCUCGUGUGUUACAUUGAACUGAUUGUGUUGGCGGUGCAGAGGUGGUACAUUUCGUGAAUCAGCUAAUCCGCCAGUCUAGAGAAGCUUUUUUCUACACGCAAGUUGAAUAACUGGAAGACGCGUCAUUCGUACAAUUUUCGACGAAAUUUUUUCACGUUUUUGUUAAUUUUUUUUUUAUACUCGUAGUUCUUUUUUAAAACGAAUUAGCUGUAAGAUAAUAAGUAAUGAUUCGAUCGUCGUCGCGAGUUUUUCGAUAAUGCUGAUCCGCUAUUCUCGAUUCAUUCGUUAUUGUGAAUCGAAUGUGUGAUAAACGCGAGUGUGAUUUAAUUUUCAUCGAAUUCUUCGCUGAUAUUGGGAUUAAUCCGAUCGAGAAUAUAUUCCUUACACUGUUGGAUUCGAGAUAAGAAGCAAAGAGAGAGUCGCCCAACAUCUUGUAAUUAAAUCAUCGCACUGUCGAGAUAAAAUUUCAUACCAUCACGCGCCUGCGCCUCGUCUCUCAAGCAUCGUAAUAAUAACGUAAUUCUUACGUAUAUGUAACGGUUCGUCUUCUUCUUAUCACAUCGCCCAAAAAAAGCAACUCAAAUACAUUGAUAAAUAGUAAACAAAAUAUAAUCGCGAUAAAAUACGUAAAAAUCGCCAUUCGAAUUAACCCGCGAACAGAUCGACAUCAUCGAGCAGUUGAAGAACGAGGUGGGGGUCUGAUUUAAGGCCAUGAAUGGUAGUGGGAUAUCAAACGGCGAACGAUGCUCCAGGAGCAACAGCUUGGGCCUGGGCACAGGUACGGGUUCAAGUGGUACCGGCUCAUGUGCCAGUAUAAUUGCCGAUCAGCAGCCCAACGCCAGUAUAAAUAAUAAUUGCGUCGGAGGCGGUAGCCUUUACGAUCAAGAAGCCGAAGACGAAAUGGUAGCUACGGAACGUGAAUUGGCCGAGGAUGCUCAAUGGAAACGUAUACAGCAAAACACCUUCACGAGAUGGGCUAACGAACACCUUAAAACGGUCGAUAAAAAUAUCGGCAACUUGGAGACCGAUUUGAGCGAUGGACUCAGGCUGAUCACUCUGAUCGAAGUGCUGUCCGGUAAACGACUCCCUAAGCAUACGAAAAGGCCCACCUUUAGAUCGCAGAAGUUGGAAAAUGUCUCAGUUGCGCUCAAGUUUUUAGAAGACGAAGGAAUCAAAAUUGUCAAUAUUGAUUCUACAGAUAUAGUUGACUGCAAACUGAAACUAAUCCUCGGUUUAAUAUGGACUCUAAUUUUACAUUACUCGAUAUCUAUGCCGAUGUGGGAAUACGAAGGAGACAACGAUCAGAACCAUACAGACAAAGGACCGACGCCAAAACAAAGACUGUUGAACUGGAUUCAAUGUAAAAUACCAGAUCUUCCAAUUACCAACUUCACCACUGACUGGAACGACGGUAAAGCUGUCGGCGCUUUAGUUGAUGCAGUCGCACCAGGUUUAUGCCCCGACUGGCAAGACUGGAAAUCUCAAAAUGCCCUUCAAAACGCCAAAGAAGCGAUGGGCUUAGCCGACGAUUGGUUAGAUGUGAAACAGCUCAUAAAACCAGAAGAAUUGGUUAAUCCGAAUAUGGAUGAACUUUCGAUGAUGACGUAUCUCUCUCAAUAUCCAAACGCUAAAUUGAAACACGGAGCUCCACUGAGACCAAAAACCAACGCUAACAGAGUCAGAGCUUACGGUCCGGGCAUCGAACCGAAAGGGCCAUUAGUCAAAGCACCUGCUAAAUUUACCGUCGAAACAUUCUCAGCUGGUAGUGGAGAAGUUGACGUUAAAGUGGAAAAUCCAAAAGGACAAAUUGAGCCGGUCGACAUUCGUUACAAUAACGACCGAAGUAAAACCUACUCGGUGAGUUAUACUCCGAAAAUGGAGGGUAAACAUAAAGUAAACGUUUAUUUUGCCGGAAAAGAGAUACCAAAAUCGCCAUAUACCGUAUCAGUCGAAGGAACUGCUGGAGAUGUUACUAAAGUAACCGCAUCAGGGCCUGGACUUCAACCUGAUGGAGUUAUGGUCAGUCGAGGCACAUAUUUUGAUAUCUUCACUAAAGAUGCUGGCCAAGGCACUCCUGAGGUCAUCAUCGUGGACACGGCUGGUCAACAAAACGCUCUAUCGAUGAAACUUUACCAAACUUCGCCUGGAGUUUGGCGUUGCGAAUACAUUCCUACGGCUGCAGGUCCCAUAAAUGUGAAUAUCUUCUUCGAGAAUCAAGUCAUCCCAAACAGUCCGUUCACCGUUCGAGUACAACCAGUUUCAGACGCCAAGAAAGUCAAGGUCACUGGCAGAGGUGUACAAACGAAUGGUAUCCGCGUAAGCGACUCAGCUCUUUUCCACAUUAAUACUGAGAAAGCUGGUGAAGGAAAACCCGAAGUACAAAUCAUUGGACCAGGUGGUGUAAACGAACCAGCGACGAUUAAAAAAGUAGAUAAUGGUUUAUACGAUGUCACAUACCAUCCCAAACGUCAAGGCAGACACGUAAUUAUGGUCACAUUUGCCGGACAAGAAGUGCCCAGAUCUCCAUUCGAAGUGAACGUUGGUCCAUAUAAAGAAACUAAAAUCCAAGCCUAUGGUCCCGGACUAGUAGGAGGUAUCGUCAACCAACCAGCUCAAUUUACCGUCGAAAGUAAUGGCGAAACUGGAGCUUUAGGUUUCAGUAUAGAAGGCCCAUCUCAAGCUAAAAUCGAAUGUGAUGAUAAUGGAGAUGGAUCUGCGGAUAUCCGAUAUUAUCCAACAGCUCCGGGCGAAUAUGCUGUCCAUAUUUUAUGUGAUAACGAAGAUAUUCCAAAUUCACCUUUCAUGGCUCAAGUAUUACCUAGUACGGAUUACUAUCCGGAUAAGGUGGAAUGUUCAGGGCCCGGAAUCGGUAAAGGAAACUUACCCCUUGGUGUCCCAGUUGAUUUCACAGUCGAUACCAGAAAAGCUGGAAAUGCUCCUUUAGACAUUAAGGUUUUAGAUGCUAAUAGCAAACCAGUCCCCGUUAAUACAAAGGAUAACCAUAAUGGAACAUAUACUAGUCAAUAUACUCCAAAAACUGGCAAAAAGCAUACAAUUCAAGUCAAUUAUGGAGGAGUAGCAGUUCCAGGCAGUCCAUUCAAAGUUCACGUUGCUCAACCCUUAAGACCCGAAAAAGUGCAAAUAUUCGGCCCCGGAAUCGAAUCAGGAGUGAAACCAAACCGACCAACGCAUUUCACUGCUGACUGUCGAGAUGCAGGACCAGGAAAACUAGAUCUGAAAUUGAAAUCCGAUCUCGGAUCAGAGAUUCCUUUAGACAUUACCGAUAACGAAGACGGAACGUAUUUAAUCGAUUACUCUGUACCUGCUCCUGGAGAUUACACUCUGAAUUGCCGAUACGAAGGUGUACAAGUGCCUCAAUCUCCUCUCAAGAUAAAAGUACCAGCUAAUGUAGAUGUGUCGAAGAUCAAAGUCGAUGGAUUAGAAACGAUGGCACCGAUCAACAGCUUACAACAAUUCCACGUGAUCACCGAAGAAGCCGGAAAAGCAGAUUUCACCCUAGUUAUCCGAAGUCCAUCCGGAAACAUGGUAAAAGCGCACAUUGUUCCUACUCACGACGGCUAUCUGAUCAACUUUACGCCCACUGAACUCGGCGAAUACUGGCUAAACAUUACAUUCGGCGGUCAACCAGUGCUCUCGAUACCUCACAAAUUAACUUGCACUUAUGGAAGCGAUCCUAGCAAAGUGACAGCUUUCGGUCCAGGUCUAGAAAGAGGUGUAGUCAAACACCCCGCUGAAUUUGUAAUCGAUACGAAACGUGCCGGAAGAGGGGGUCUAGGAGUGACCGUAGAAGGCCCCUGUGAAGCAGCAAUUAACUGCAGAGAUAACGGCGAUGGCACUUGUUCGGUGGCUUAUUUGCCAAUGGAACCUGGAGAAUAUAUUAUAAAUAUCGCUUUUAACGACGAAGCGAUUCCAGGAUCUCCAUAUCAGGCUACCAUUGUACCGGAUGUGAACUGGAGAAAAAUAAGAGCUGUGGGACAUGGAAUUCAACCUCAUGGUGUCUGCCUUCAUUCAAAAGCUGAUAUUUUAGUCGAUUCUCGAGACUUGGGAAUACGAGACGAUGGCAAAAAAGUCACAUGUACGAUAACGAAUCCAUCCGGCACCAAGACUGAAAACUUCAUUACACCUUUAUCCGAUGGAACCUACAAAAUAAGUUAUACUCCAUUUGAAGAAGGUCCUCAUACAAUCGAAAUAUUGUACGAUGGAUUACCCAUCCCAGGAUCACCUUUCGUUGUAAAUGUUAAAAAAGGUACUGAUCCGACUAAAUGCAAAGCUUACGGUCCAGGAUUGGUGAAAGGUGUCGUCAAUGAACAGAAUAAAUUCACCGUCGAGACCAGAGGAGCUGGAACCGGUGGCCUUGGAUUAGCAAUUGAAGGACCAUCUGAAGCUCUGAUGACCUGCAAAGAUAACAGAGAUGGAUCUUGUACCGUAGAAUACAAACCAACUGAACCAGGAGAUUACGAUAUUACCAUUAAAUUCGCAGAUCAGCAUAUUCCAGGAUCACCGUACAAAGUUGAAGUUGCACCGGAUAUAGAUGUGAAAAAAAUCAAAGUUUAUGGUCCAGGAAUAGAUCAUUGUCGAGCUCAGAUUCCUUCUUCGUUUAAAAUAGAUGCUUCUAAAGUCGAUAAAGCUCCGUUGGAUGUUUCACUUCAGACUGAUCGAGGUCUUCUGGAAACCAAACCCGAAGUGUACGAUAAUGGAGAUGGUACUUACGACGUUGUCUACGUGGCAGGAGCCGAAGGAUCCACAUUAACAGCCAAAAUCCUCUACAAUGGAGAACAUAUUCCCAACAGUCCAUUUAAACUAAAAGUCCGUCCAAGUUCAGAACCAGAACGAGUUAAAGUUACCGGACCAGUAGCUACUAUUAAAGGAGGAGUAUUCGCAUCGAUUCCUACAGAAUUCGGUAUCGAUACCUCUCAAGCUGGAGUUGGUAACUUAGACGUCCAAGUAAUUGGCCCUGAUAGCCAACCUAGAAAAGCUAAAGUGAUCGAUAACGAAAACGGAACUUACCAAGUUCAAUUUACUCCUGACGAUUGUGGUUUGUACUCGAUACCAGUUAAAUUCAAUGGACAAAAUGUGCCUUCGUCGCCAUUACAUGUGCAAGCUUACGCUACCGGCAACGCAAACGAAUGUAAACUACCACCGAUUCAUAAUGAAGUACUUAGAAGCAACGAAGAACAUAAGUUGAUCAUCGAUGCUAAAAAAGCCGGUCACGGAAAAGCUACCUGUAGAAUAAAAUCAAUCAGUGGGAAAGACGCCGACGUUAAAGUCAUAGACAACGGCGAUGGAACAUUCACCAUUUAUUAUAAACUUCAAGAACCCGGCGAAUACACAUUGAACGUUAAAUUCGGCGGUCAACCUGUCCCCGGUGGAUUAUGCGCAUUCACGGUUAAAGACGAAGAAGAGUAUUUACAACACGUGAAAAAGUAUUCCGAGCAAUCGUCCGUCAACAGUGUGCAAGAAGAAUUCAGAUCUUUUACUUUGAAUAACAUUCCUUUGCCUACAACUGGAGGUCACGUCACAGCUGAAGUUAAAAUGCCAAGCGGUAAAGUAGAUAAGCCCGUUAUUGAAGAUAACAGAGAUGGUACAGUAUCGUUAAAAUACGAACCCAGAGAAGAAGGACUUCACGAAUUACUCGUCAAAUACAACGGCGAACAUGUGCAAGGAUCUCCUUUCAAAUUCCACGUGGAUUCGAUUAGUAGCGGAUAUGUAACUGCGUAUGGACCCGGUCUGACCCAUGGAGUCAGCGGAGAACCUGCUAAUUUCACUAUUUCGACCAAAGGUGCUGGAGCUGGUGGACUUUCUCUAGCCGUUGAAGGACCCAGCAAAGCUGAAAUCAGCUGUCACGAUAAUAAAGAUGGCACAGUGGCCGUAUCUUACCUACCAACAGCUCCCGGAGAAUACAAGAUUACCGUUAAAUUCGGAGACAAACAUAUCAAAGGCAGUCCCUACAACGCCAAAGUAACAGGCGAAGGAAGAAAACGUAAUCAAAUCUCGGUCGGAUCCUGUAGCGAAGUCUCCUUCCCCGGAAAAGUAACCGAUGCCGAUACCAGACUACUAAAUGCUUCGAUUCAAGCUCCCAGCGGUCUCGAGGAACCCUGUUUUUUGAAAAAAUUACCCAGCGGAAAUUUAGGCAUCUCAUUUACUCCUCGUGAAAUCGGCGAACACGUUGUGUCGGUGAAAAGAAUGGGUAAACAUAUCACCAAUUCGCCGUUCAAGAUCAAAGUCGGUGAUAAAGAAGUCGGCGAUGCGAAAAAAGUCAAGGUAUCCGGAGGUGCUCUUCAACAAGGCAAAACCCACGUUGAAAAUUUCUUCAAUGUUGAUACCAGAAAUGCUGGUUUCGGUGGAUUAUCUCUUUCCAUCGAGGGACCGAGUAAAGCUGAAAUUCAAUGCAAAGAUAACGAAGACGGUACGUUGAAAAUCUCGUAUAAGCCAACGGAACCAGGAUACUACAUCGUUAACCUAAAGUUCGCCGAUCAUCAUGUCGAAGGAUCUCCUUUCACUGUCAAGGUUACCGGCGAAGGUAGCAAUAGACAGAGAGAGAAGAUCGAAAAGCAUAGAGAGGCGGUACCCAUCACUGAAGUUGGAAGUCAAUGCAAGCUUUCGUUUAAAAUGCCAGGAAUUACAACGUUGGAUUUGAUGGCAUCUGUUGCGUCACCGGCCGGAGUCGUAGAAGAUGCUGAAAUCCUUGAAGUCGAAGAUGGUCUCUACGGUGUGCAUUUCGUUCCUAAAGAACUCGGAGUGCACACAGUAUCGGUGAAAUACAAGGAUAUCCAUAUUCCUGGUUCACCAUUCCAAUUCACCGUCGGUCCAUUAAGGGAUGGUGGCGCCCAUAGAGUACACGCCGGUGGUCCCGGAUUAGAACGAGGCGAACAAGGUCAGCCAUGCGAGUUCAACGUCUGGACCCGCGAGGCUGGAGCUGGUUCAUUGGCCAUCUCCGUUGAAGGACCGAGCAAAGCUGAAAUUGACUUCAAAGAUCGUAAAGAUGGGUCCUGUUACGUCAGCUAUGUUGUAUCCGAACCUGGCGAAUACCGAGUUGGAAUCAAAUUCAACGAACAACACAUUCCAGAUUCACCGUAUAAAUUAUUCAUUUCUCCAGCUUUAGGAGAUGCUCAUAAAUUAGAAGUGGCUCAGUUUCCAGCCGGUGCUGUGCAAGCAGAUUCUCCGUCUCACUUUUUAGUCCAUAAAAAUGGUGCCAAAGGAGAACUCGAUGGAAGGUUGAUUGCACCUUCCGGAGCCGAAGACGACUGUUUCAUUCAAUCAAUCGACGCAGAUACAUUCUCAGUCAGAUUCAUGCCCCGAGAAAACGGUGUUCAUAAUAUUCACAUUAAAUUUAACGGCGUUCACAUUCCCGGCUCUCCAAUGAGAAUUAAAGUUGGUAAAGAUGACGCUGAUCCGGCUGCUGUGCAUGCGCAUGGAAACGGAUUAGGGGACGUGAAAACAGGACACAAAACCGAUUUCAUUGUCGAUACUUGUAACGCUGGAGCUGGAACUUUAGCUGUAACAAUCGACGGACCGAGUAAGGUAUCGAUGGAUUGUACCGAAGUAGAAGAAGGAUAUAAAGUUCGAUAUACGCCACUUGUACCAGGAGAUUACUACAUUAGUCUGAAAUAUAACGGUUACCACAUCGUUGGAUCGCCAUUCAAAGUUAAAUGCUUAGGAGAAAAUCUGGCUGAAAUCGGUGCUCAAGAAACAUCUUCUGUAAUUGUUGAAACUGUUCAUAAGACAUCUAAACCUAAAGUUACCGGACCACAAUUACCCCACUUCAAAUCAGACGCCAGUAAAGUUACUUGCAAAGGAGUAGGUCUCAAGAAAGCUUACCUCCAGAAACAAAAUCAAUUCACAGUUCAAGCUGGAGAUGCUGGAAACAACAUCUUGUUCGUCGGAUUAUACGGACCCAAAGGCCCAUGCGAAGAAGUCUUCAUCAAACACACCGGCCGAAAUAACUACAACGUCAACUACAUGUGUCGCGAACGAGGAGAAUACAUUAUUUUCGUAAAAUGGGGCGAAGACCAUAUUCCAGGAUCACCGUUCCGUGUCGAAGUCUAAUCGUCGCUGACCAAAUUGACCAUACCAUACCUAUACUAUAACUUACAUGUUUUUCAUCAAUACUUGUAUUUACAAACGUCACUUUCUCUGACCAGAAGACGCGACGACGACGUUGUGAAAUCUUCAUUAUCGUAUCGAACGUUACCCAAACUGCCAGAUUUUGAUUUUCGCUUAUAUAGGUACCCAAAUGUAGUUAUUUUAGAAAAGCUAUUAGGCAUCUCCUUUACACAUUCGCUCAAGACCGGAUCCAAUAAAGGAGAUCGAUAAAUCUGGUUGUAUUUUUUAUUCAUUUUUAUCACGAUUUAAUGUAGAAGCCUACGUAUUGGAAAAAAAUCAAACUCAAUAUCAACUAUUAUUUAUUUAAUUUACUAUCUACCUACGCGGACACGAGGCUAUAAUUUUUUUUUUGUAUCCUGGUUUAUUUAUUAAUUUUUUGCUUAUGAUAGAGCUUCCUGUUUUUAAAAAAUUCUUCCCGUUACGUAAGUACAUUUAUAUACUGACCCCGUGUACCGAAAUUUUUUAUUGUUAAAAUUAUUUAAUCGUGAUUCGUGUUGUAUUUCUCCUUCUCUUUUUUUUGACAGUUUUUAUUUAUUAUAGUGUAAUGUAUUACUUUAAUUAAAUUAUUUGUUUUAUU